AAUCUUCAUUCUUCUAUGUGUCUGUGAUGUAUCAAUUUUAUUGUUUUGUUGUUCUGUGGAUCAUGCUUUACCACUUACAAUUUUUGUAAUGAAAAGAACCGAAAAGUAUAAUUUUUAUACAAGUAUAUAACAAAAAUUAACAAACCACAAAUUAGGAAUUUAUUUUCUAACGUUUUUUAAUUGAAAGCAUAAAUGUUAAUACGGAAAUUAAAUGGUUUUGAAUGAAUCAAAAGUUGAGAUAUGGCAUUCUCACAAAAACACACUGGAAAAGUAUUUGUACCUUGGUUUAACACGUCGGAAUGGCAAGGUGUAUAUAGAUGUGUAAUCUCAAAUCUAGAAGAAGAUAAGAGAAAAGCAUUGGAUAUAUUAAAAAUAUGGAAGCUUCGUACCCCAUUGUUAUCAGCAGGCGUAACAGGAACCUUAAUUUUAUUGGAAACCUUAUUAUCAAAUAAAGAUGGCUUAACAGAAUUGCAAAUUGUGCAAAUCUAUUCAAUAUCUCUAUUGAGAUUUUUGAACAUAUGUGCUGCUAACAAUGACAAACAGGGUACAUUUAAUAAAACGGUCUUAAGAAAUGACCUUCCGAAAUGGCUCAUUGAUAUUCGUCAUGACAUAGCUCACAGCAAUAAACUCCCUUCAAAAACUAUGCUCGAAUUAGCAUUGAACUAUUCAUUCGAAUGGCUUAUAGAAAAAUACUGGAAGAUUCAAAAUGAUACUAUUUCUGAUUAUUUUGUGAGUUCAGAGACUAAGUCUGCUAAAGUUGUGGAUACUUUGAACACUUAUAUUGGAUUGAGCUUAAAUAUACAUAUGAAUGCAGAUAUGAAAGAAUAUGAAGAAGCUCUGAUGAAGAAAGUGAAUUAUUUAGUAUCAAAAAGGUACCAUAAACCAAAGACAGAUAAACAAAGUCUUUUAGUCAUAUUAGAAGAAAUUUUGAAACAAUCAUUAGCUGAUUCACAUAAUUCUACUGUACCAAAUAAAGUAGCUGAAAUCUUGACAGAUGUGAAAGGUUUGUUAGGUACAAAUCUGGAAGAAGAUAGUGAAGGUAAUCCAAUAAUUUCUGAAAACUUCAAAUUGGUAUGGACAAGGCUACUAAACAUUUUAUAUGAAAAUGAAUGUUUAACUGCUCUUUUAGAAAAACUAUUUUCAGUUGCCGUUGAUCCUAUAAACCAAUCAACGAAACAAGUUGCUUUUACUUGGCUACAUAAUAUUUUAGAUGGUUUACUAAAAAUACAUUUUAUCAAGAACAGAAUUGUACAUUUAAAUGAGAAUGAAGUGAAUGAAAAUGGUUUUCAUGUAAGGACCAACAGAACAAUGGAAAAGAAAUUAGAAUUUAAAAAUUGUAUAUCUUUCGAGUGUCUUGAUAAACUACCCAUUAAGGGUAUGUCAACCUUAGAAAAUAAAAUCAUUGAUGAACCAGGAAACCCUGAAUCAAUACAGCUAUUAGAAAAAGUUAUGAUUUUAAAUAAUAGAUCGAAAGAUGUGAUAACUACCUUCAUCCAAUUAAUGAAAACAUUCGAAACUCCUGACAAUUAUAACUCGAUGAAUUUCAACACAGUUUCAACUAUAGAAGAUAUUCCGUUAGAAAUUGAAACUAUACAGAUAUUAGAUUCUAGUCAAGAAACUAAUGGUAGAUUGUCCGAUGUACAAGAAGAAACGACACAUAGUACUUCAAGGUGGAAUAUUGAGAAAGAUACUUCAAAAUUUAAGGGCUACCCUUUAGGAAUAAUGCCAAAGCAAAAUAGAAAUGAAAAUCCCUUGAUAACAUUCCACUGAUGUUCUUGUAACCUAUAUUUAAAAAUAGACUUGAAGUAUACUGUACCUGGAAUUGGUCCUUAGAUUAUGUAUCUAAAAACUGUCCUAUUAAAUACCUAGGAAGAAAACUAUCUAUAAAAAAUUGGAUCCAAACAAUCAAAUAUUCAAAAAGGAAUCAUACCAAAGACUACAUAUUUGUCAAGGACCUAAUGCAAUACAAUAAAGUUCAAAAACACGGAGAACUCUGGAGCAGUUAGAAAGUAAAUUUCAACAAUUCUAAUCACAUUUUUAUAAAAAAAAACCAUUAAAAUAAAAAACAAAUAA